AUGCCUUCAUCCAAACCAGACCAGACUCCUGAUCAGCUUCCAGUUUUACAAGACCAACCAGAUGAUGGGUUCCGAGGCUCUCGACAUGUGAUGAAACAGAUUCGUACAAGGACAUCACUUGCAGACAGAAACAUGUGUCAGCCCCGCUUUCACAUGAACUCUGACCAGUCCACUGAGUGUGAUUCAGUACUCCUAUCGGAAGGAUGCCAGAUUUACCCUCAACCCGCAGAGAUCUAUCCUGAAGCACAUAACCUGAUCCACCACACUUCGCCUCGUCAUGGGUCACUGUCUGGUCUGACCCAUUUGAAUAAGAUGACCGCGCCAGGAAUCGAAACUGAUUUAUUGGUGGCUGGCCAUAGGCAAACACACUCCAUUGAAUCUCAUGGAACUGGUAUUCGAAAGCGAUCCUUUCCUUCUGAUGCUGCGGAUCGAUCCUGUCCUCCGAAAAAGCGGUUCAACAUCACCUGGCUUUUGAGCAUGGACGCCAAUAAACAGAUCUCACCUCCAGAUCCAAGGCGGUAG